AUGCGCGCUGCCGUCGUCCACCCUCCGCGCGCGCCGUCGUCCUCCACCCUCCGCGCGCCAUCGUCCUCCACCCUCCCGCGCGCGCCAUGGUUGAAGGUGCACCAGAUCUCGUCGCCGGAGAAGAACGCGAGCACCCUCGCCGGAGUCGCCGUCGACGGUCAGGACGGUGGCGGCAUCGAAUCGGGGCAGGAGCGCUCGCUGGAGCUGGACGGCCGCCGCACUGGCAUCUCCGUCGACGGUCAGGACGGUGGCGGCAUCAAAUCGGGGCCGGGACGCUCGCUGGACGGCCGCCGCACCACAUCGCUGUGA